AUGGGAAAAGCCCAUCUAUCUUGUUUUAAAGAAUUAAUUAAAAAGGAAAAAAAAUGGGAAUAUCUAGUAACUUUACAGAAUCACGACAUUCAAAUAAAAACUAACGAGGAGAUGGUUCAAAUAUUUAAAUGGCUUGAUGGGGCUUGUGAUGUUGAGUUCAAUGUAAUUGGUAAAGCUCAGAUUAUACGUAAAGCUCAUCUUCUAAAUGUAUCUGACUGGACUUUUGAAUCACUACAAAUUUUUAAAAACCGUUGGUUUUUGACUAUUUUUAUUCUUGAUAUUUUUGGGUCCUAG